AUGGUGGCGCGCUGGGCCGAGGGGCUCUCGCGCGAGAGCACGGUGAGCAGGGUCGUCACCACGGCCCCCCACACCAUCGCGCCCAAGUCGCCCUGGUCUGAGGGCGCUUGGAUGGCGGUUGUGAUGACCCUGCCAGCCGGCGGGGGCCUGCGGGAGGCGCUGCUUGUGCUGAUGGCGACAUACCAGGCCGAGCUGUGGGAGGCGGGGUUCAGUCCCCUUCUGGCGGCGUUGCGCGCCGGCCGUCCAUGGGGCGACGUACCGGCGAGACACCUCCUCGGCCGUUACAUAGAUGUCUCGAACACCGAGCAGGCGCUGGGCCUGGUUGCGGCGCACGUGGCGGGCAGCUACAGUGUGGAGGCGCUUACGAUCGCCGAGCGCGCGUGUGGUGGCGAUCCUGGUUUGGACGUGCGGCAGGCGCUCAAGGACGCGAAGCUGCAGGCAGAGCGCGCCCUAUCCGAGAGCAAGGAGCAGCGGGACCAGGCGCGGGCCGCGAGGCGGGACCGGGCCGCGCGGCGGCAGGAGCAGCAGCAGCAGCAGGAUCAGCAGCAGGAGCAGCAGCGGAGCGCGGCAGGCCUCGGCUGGUGCAGUGACACAGAAAGCAGCGAAGAGGGCAGUACAGCCGACGACGACGACGAUGACGAGGAAGAGAGCGGCGAGGAGGAGGAGGAGGUGGAGGAAGAGGGGAAGGACACGGCUGGGAUCGCCCGCACCGACUGCCACCUGAGCGGCGACACCCUGACCCACGGCCAUAAUUCGUCUGACCUAACGGCGCCAGUGCUGAUGUCAGCCUUGACAGGCGUGCCUGGGCCCAAGGGUGGCAACGUCACCCUGCGGCCGUGCCUCUUCGCGCGCGCCCCUACGCCGCGGCGGAACAAGGCGGGGUCAUUCCAGCUACGACUCUCGGCCAGGCUCUCGCGGUCUCUGCAGCCGCUCCUGGUGGGCUUGGUUGGCGAGGGCAACAAGGCCCUCACACUGCCGAAGAACCAAGACGAUAUCAUCACGUGA